ACCUCCUUAGUAGCAGUAUACGUGCAGGGGAAGCUGUAGGGAGAGGUGUGUGUAUGUGUAUAUUAGUAUUCAGACAGGGAUCAUUCUUAGAAUGUGACAAGUUUAUAUUACACUUGUAUGAAAAUGCUGAUUUCUUUGUACAAUUCUUUGGAGGGAUUUGUGUAGGGUCCACAAAAUCGGAUGGCAACACAACUAUGGAUAAGUGUAAAUGGCUGUAGUACUUCAGCACUGGAGAUUUUGUUUCAUAUCAAAAACAUUCCAUUCAGACUAUUCCAAAGGAGUUGUAAAGGCCAGCAACUUAAUGUAAAACAGUGUUGGCUGACACACCUGACAGAAUAAGGAAACCAUACUGCUUUUCAUCUGGUAACACAACAAUCUUUGUGUGGGAGAAUGGAGAAGUCUACAAUGUCACAUGCUGAAUACUGAUUUUAUGUUGAGGUGCAGACUCUUCAUUAGUCAUGUCCAUUAGAGGAUUGACUAGAAAACAGCUGAAAAAUUUCAGAGUUAAAAUUAUGACUAUGGAUUCUGAGAUGGAAUUAACCUGUGAGAUGAACUGGAAAGGUUCAGUCCUGUUUGGUUUGGCAUGUGAAACAUUGGGCUUAAAAGAGUCUUGGUUCUUCGGUCUACAGUUUACUUCAAAUGGGAUGGACACUUGGUUGAAGCUAGAUAAGAAAAUAUUACAGCAAGAUCUACCUAAAGAAGAGCCUACAAAGUUCCGCUUUUUAGCCAAGUUCUACCCUGAAAAUGUUGCUGAGGAACUGGUACAAGACAUCACCCGUCAUCUGUUCUUCCUACAGGUAAAAAAACAGAUUUUGGAUGAAGAGAUUCAUUGUUUACCUGAGGCAUCUGUUUUAUUGGCUUUAUUUGCACUCCAAGCAAAGUAUGGAGACUACAAUCCCAAUAUUCACCAGCCUGGUUUCCUCUCCAAAGAUGAGCUUCUGCCGCAACGAGUUCUGCAGCAGUAUCAGAUGACUUCAGAAAUGUGGCAAGAAAAAAUAACAGCAUGGUAUGCUGAACACAGAGGAACUGACAGAGAUGAAGCUGAAAUGAACUACCUGAAAAUUGCCCAAGACUUGGACAUGUUUGGCAUGAAUUACUUUCCCAUCUCACAAUCCAAUACAGACUCUAAUAUCCUGCUUGGAGUUAAUGCAAAGGGUAUCCACAUCUUUAGCAUAAAUAAUAAAAUAAUACCGUUAAAAUCUUUCAAAUGGGGGGACAUCAGAAACAUUAACUACAAUUAUAAGAAGCUGAAGAUUAUACCUAUUAGCAGAAAGGAAGAUGUUUUCAAGUUUUAUUCUUCAGGACAUAAAGUAGAUAAAUUGAUUUAUGAUCUCUGUACGGGAAACCAUAGAUUGUUUAUGACAAAAAGAAAAGUAGAUUCAAAAGACAUCCAACAGAUGAAAAAUCAAGCCAAACUAGAAAGGACUAGAAAAAAGAUUGAGCACCAGAAUUUACUAAGAGAAAAACAACUUCGGGAAGAUGCAGAGAGAGCUAAAGAGGAUAUGGAGAGAAGGCUUUUUCAGCUAGAAGAUGAAGCAAGGCAAGCUAAUGAAGCACUGAUUUGUUCAAAUGAAACUGCUGAGCUGAUGGCAGAGAAAGCACAAAUUGCAGAGGAGGAAGCAAAGCUCCUUGCCCAAAAUGCAGUAGAGACAAGGCAGGAGAUGCAGCGUUUGGAGAUAUCUGUGCUGAAGAGUAAAGAAGAAAUGCAACUGAUGGAGCAAAAGAUGAGAGAAGCUGAUAUGAUAACAGUAAAACUUAUUAAGGAAUCAGACAGGCGAGCCAAAGAGGCUGAGCAGCUAGAACAAGACCUACGCAAAGCAAGGGAAGCAGAACGCAAUGCAAAGCAAAGGCUGAUGGACGUGAGUUCCCUUUGCCAACCUCUGGCAGCAAAAUGUUUUCCCCUUGAUGUCACAGAUGGAUUUAUUGAAAACAGAAUAAUAAGUUUGGAUGCUUCUGACACAGAUAUUAAACGAUUAUCAUUGGAGAUAGAAAAAGAAAGGUUGGACUAUCUUGAAAAAAGUAGACAACUUGAAAGUCAGCUAAAUGAUCUCAAAACAGAACUCCGGACUCUGAAACGGGAGGAUCGGCAGCUGAGUCUCCAGUCUUUGUGGAAUGGCACAUUGAGAUCCAAAGAUCACUUACAUGAUCCACUUUGGAUGACAACAUAUGGAGAACAAUACAGAAGGCCUUUAUAUACAACCCCAUCUUUACAGACAGUGAGUACAGUGUCUGGGAGCCCAGACUGGAGUAACAAUGACAUAAGAACUCAACCAAUGGUCACACAGUCGAGCUUCAGUCUUGGAAGAGGAUCCAAAAUUAAUAUAAGACAGGCCAAUAAGAAUGCAUUUGAUGUAAUAUACAUCUGAAGACAGAAUGGCAACUAUUCAAUAGCUAUAUGGAAACAAGCUUCGCUGUUGGAGCUAUGGUUGCAGAUUUGGUUUGUCAUGGUCUCACAUUAAUAAGCCAUCCAAUUUACCUGGACAAAAUGACAUACAUGCCUUACCUGAUUAACUAUCCUUGAUAUUCUCUAAACUAAUUCCACAUUAAAAUAAAAGAAAAAAGUAUGUUAUGUCUUAGUAGGCACCUGACAUAUUCCACUAACCUACAGUAAGUGUCAUGGAACUGGGGUAUGGCUAUCAACAAGAGGAGAAUAUUAGAUAUCUCACUGCCCUUCACAAAAGACCAUUCUUCACCCUCUCAUCCAGUUUGUAUAGUUAAUACAUUUUGAUUGUAUGUUGUCUUUUAUUCCUUUGUAUUUUUUCUAUAAAAAAUAAAGAUAAAAAAAUGCA